GCAAACUUCACCCUCCCUCUCUCUUUCACUCGCUCCCUCUCUCUCUUUCACUCGCUCCCUCUCUCUUUCACUCGCUCCCUCUCUCUCCGGCUGCAGCACCAGCAGGCAUCCUGCCUCCGUGGAGCGUUGCUGCCGAGAGGAGAGAGACAGAGAAAUGACACAACUGGCAUCUGUCUGACGGAAACAAACAAACAAACAAACAAACAAGCAGCCAACACUCACAGGAAAGGAGACACAGACCUUCAAGAGAUAACUUGGUGAAGUUUCCGACCAUUUGCUGAGUGUCCCGUUUUGAUCCUAGAGAAAGAAAACCUCAUUCUCUCAGGCUGUGCUACGGGAGAGAUUAGGCUGCUCCUCUAAAGGAUUAAAGCUGAUACAAUACAAUAGAAAAGUAAAUUCUCCUGCUCGGCGCCAGUGUAAGCCCGAAGGCUUAUUGAACACGUGUCACCAUGGGGAUGCAAGGCCUGCUAUUGGCCUGUGUGGCUUUGGCAAUUUUGCUGGAUCUCACCAGCGCUGGCCUGGUAAAGAAAAUAAUCAGACACCGACGGGAAUCCUUGACACCGCCAAAGGCUGAGAACCUGACGCUCCCUAAUCCAGACCAGCCAGUCGUCUUCAACCACGUCUACAACAUCAAUGUCCCAUCUGGAUCCCUGUGUUCAGUGGACCUAGACUCACCCAGAGGGUCUCAACUAAAGCCCAAGCCUGUCCCAUUAGAUCAGCACACUGAGCACACUGUAGAUGGGGAAAACCAAAUUGUCUUCACCCACAGGAUCAAUAUCCCCAAGCAGGCCUGUGGAUGUGACAAGAAUCUGCCAGAUCUGAAGGAUCUCCUGAACAGGCUGGAGAUGCUGGAGGCUGAGGUGUCCAGCCUUAGGGAGCAGUGCAUUAGUGGGGCUGGCUGUUGUGGGGCCCAAGUUACAGGCGAGGUUGCAACAAAGCCAUAUUGCAGCGGUCAUGGCAACUACAGCACUGAAACUUGUAGUUGUGUGUGUGAGCUUGGCUGGAAGGGGUCCAACUGCUCAGAAUCGGAGUGCCCCAAUUUCUGCCAGGACCAAGGGCACUGCGUGGACGGCAAGUGUGUAUGCUUUGAGGGCUUCGGAGGAGAGGACUGUGGAAUUGAGAUAUGCCCGGUGGACUGCGGAGAGAAUGGAGAUUGCAUCGAUGGCUCCUGCAUCUGUGAAGAAGGCUUCACAGGCGAGGAUUGCUCCAUGACCAACUGCCUGAACAAUUGCUUGGGCAGGGGGCGCUGUGUAGACAGUGAGUGCAUGUGCGAUGAGCCCUGGACAGGCUUCGAUUGCUCCGAGCUCAUCUGCCCCAAUGACUGCUUCGACCGCGGCCGCUGUGACAACGGGACCUGCUACUGCGAUGAAGGCUUCACUGGGGAGGACUGUGGUGAGCUCACCUGCCCAGACAACUGUAACAACAAAGGCCUCUGUGUUAACGGUCAGUGUGUGUGCAAUUUGGGCUACAGUGGUGAAGAUUGCUCCAAGCUGACAUGCCCCAAUGAUUGCAGUCGGAGGGGCCACUGCUUCAAUGGGAGAUGCAUCUGUGACCCUGGCUUUGAAGGUGAGGACUGUAGUAUCCCAUCCUGCCCUGACAACUGCAACAACAGGGGUAAAUGUGUGAAUGGAGAGUGUAUUUGUGACACUGGAUACCAGGGUGAUAAUUGCUCUGAGCUCUCCUGCUCCAAUGGCUGCCAUAACAAUGGACGCUGCAUUGAUGGAAAGUGCAUUUGCAGGGAGGGCUUUGCAGGGGAAGACUGCUCUAACAAGACAUGUCCUAAUAACUGCCAUGACCAUGGUGAGUGUGUGGAUGGAAAAUGCAUUUGCAGGGAAGGCUAUGCCGGUGUAGACUGCAGCAUCAAGACCUGCCCUAAUGACUGCCAUGGACAUGGUAAAUGUGUGGAUGGAAAAUGCAUUUGCAGGGAAGGCUAUGCCGGUGUAGACUGCUCCAUCAAGACCUGCCCUAAUGACUGCCAUGGACAUGGUAAAUGUGUGGAUGGGAAAUGCAUUUGCAGGGAAGGCUAUGCCGGUGUAGACUGCAGCAUCAAGACCUGCCCUAAUGACUGCCAUGGACAUGGUAAAUGUGUGGAUGGGAAAUGCAUUUGCAGGGAAGGCUAUGCCGGUGUAGACUGCAGCAUCAAGACCUGCCCUAAUGACUGCCAUGGACAUGGUAAAUGUGUGGAUGGGAAUUGCAUUUGCAGGGAAGGCUAUGCCGGUGUAGACUGCAGCAUCAAGACCUGCCCUAAUGACUGCCAUGGACAUGGUAAAUGUGUGGAUGGGAAUUGCAUUUGCAGGGAAGGCUAUGCCGGUGUAGACUGCAGCAUCAAGACCUGCCCUAAUGACUGCUAUGGGCACGGUGAGUGUGUGGAUGGCAAGUGCAUUUGCAAGCAGGGAUUUACAAGUGAAGACUGCUCCAUCAAGACCUGCCCUAAUGACUGCCAUGACCAUGGUGUGUGUGUGGAUGGAAAGUGUGUCUGUCAUGCUGGUUUUACAGGCAAGGACUGCACUGAGCUUACUUGUCCUAACAACUGUCACAACCAAGGUAGCUGUGUGAAUGGUCAAUGUGUGUGCAACAUGGGAUUCACUGGAGAGGACUGUGGUGAAAAGACAUGUCUCAACAACUGCCUGGACCGAGGCUUCUGUGAUGAUGGAAAGUGCAUCUGCUUUGAGGGCUACACUGGAGCUGACUGCUCAGAACUGACCUGCCCAGGAAACUGUAAUGACCUAGGCCAGUGUCUGAAUGGCAUGUGUAUCUGUGAUUUGGGUUUUACUGGUGAAGACUGCUCUGAAAUCUCCCCGCCAAGGGAUCUCACUGUUACCGAAGUUACCCCAGAGACCGUAGACCUAACCUGGGUCAAUGAGGUGCAGGUGACAGAGUACCUAAUCACCUAUGUGCCUACUGCCCCUGGUGGUCUGGAGUUGGAUAUUCGAGUACCUGGAGAACAAAGAUCUGCUACUAUCAGGGAGUUGGAACCUGGUGUUGAGUACCUGAUCAGUGUUUAUGCUAUUCUAAACAACAAGAUGAGUGUUCCUGUCAGUGCCAGAGUAGCGACACAUCUCCCAGAGCCUGAAGGCCUUAAGUUCAAAUCUGUGAGAGAGACUUCUGUAGAAGUUCAGUGGGAUCCUCUGAACAUUCCCUUCGAUGGCUGGAACCUCAUCUUCAGAAACACAAAAGAGAACAAUGGAGAGAUUUUGAAUUCACUCUCUCCACCCGAGACCACCUUUGAGCAGUCUGGCCUGGGCCCAGGCCAAGAGUACGAGGUCAAACUUGAGGUUCUGAAGAACAACACCCGCGGACCCCCAGCCAGCAAGAAUGUGGUUACAAUGAUUGACGCUCCCAGCCAUGUGCACGUGCAGGAUGUGACAGACUCAACUGCACUAAUCACCUGGUUCCAGCCUGUGGCCCAGGUGGAUGGGGUUUCAAUCUCCUAUGGCCCGAUUACAGACUCCUCAGACAUGAGCAUGGUGCAGCUGUCAACGGUGGACAUGCAGUACCACCUGGCCGAGUUGUACCCAGACACUGAGUACAGGGUCUCUCUUAUGGCCCACCGUGGGGAGACGACCAGCAUGCCUGUUCAUGAGACCUUUAUGACAGACCUGGAUGCUCCUAAGAACCUGAGGGCAAUAGACCACUCAGAUGAAAGCAUCACCCUUGAGUGGAGGAACAGCCAAGCCAAUGUGCCCAGCUACCGCAUCAAAUACGGGCCCCUAGCGGGAGGGGAGCACGGAGAAAUGACCUUCCCCACAGGCCCAGAGGACACCACGCAAGCCAAGAUCACCGGACUCCAUCCUGGAACAGAGUAUGGAAUGGGAGUGACAGCGAUCAAGGAUGAGAGGGAAAGUUUGCCUACAACCACCAAUGCUGUGACUGAUCUUGAUGCCCCUAAGGAUCUAGAGGUGACCGAGAGCUCAGAAACCAUGCUGGUGCUGAAGUGGAAGAGGCCAGUGGCCAAGAUCGACAUCUACAGACUGGUGUUGGUGUCUGCCGAUGGCCACAGGGCCGAGAUGGAGGUCCCAGGGGCUACCAGCACCUACACCCUGAUGAACUUGAGCCCUGGCAUGCUCUACAUCAUCAACCUUACAUCGGAACGAGGGCGGAAGAAAAGCGCUUCAGCCAGCCUCAGAGCAUCCACGGACGAUGAAAAGCCCCUGGUGGGCAACGUCACCAUCUCAGAGGUAUCCUGGGACAGCUUCAAUAUUUCCUGGGAACUGGAGAGAGGGGAGCUUGAAGGCUUCCUGGUGGAGUUGGUGGACCCUGACGGCCUCUCUGAAGGCCAGAACCACACCCUGAGUGGACAGGAAUUCAACUUGGCAGUCUAUGGCCUCUCUCCCAGCACCUUCUACAGGGUCUCUCUGUAUGGGCUGUACAGGGGGGAUCUCUUAGAGCCAGUGUUUGCAGAGGCCAUUACAGAAGCAGAACCCGAGGUGGAACAUCUCUUUAUCUCCAAUGCCAAGCCGGACGGUUUUACGCUGGAGUGGACAGCCCCAAAAGACAUCUUCGAAGCAUUUAAUAUCAAAAUCACUGAUUCGAGCGGAUUAGGCCAGUCAAAACUUUUGAGUGUGUCUGGCGAAAAGAGAUUGGAAGAAGUCUCUGGUCUCACUGAGGACACCGAGUAUGAAAUUGAGCUCUCUGGGAUAAUUGCAGGACGGAACUUCCAGCCUAUUUUGGGCAUGGCUCAAACAGGCCUUGGAACACCAAAGGGCAUUCGCUUCUCUGAUGUUACCGACACCUCAGCUACUGUUCACUGGACUGUGCCCCGUGCCCGUGUGGACAGUUACCAGGUCACCUACGUGCCCCUCCAGGGAGGCAGUCCGAUGACAAUUACAGUGGAUGGUGGAGAGUCCCAAACUGUACUGUCCAACUUGACCCCUGGGGUGACCUACCAGGUGACCAUCACGGCUGUGAAGGGCCUGGAGGAGAGUGAGCCAGGCUCUGAUAAUGUUACAACAGCUCUGGACAAGCCUCGGGGUCUCAUUGCCGUCAAUGUCACAGAUACUGAGGCGCUGCUUCUCUGGCAGCCUACCAUUGCCACGGUGGAUGGAUACGUGAUUACCUACAGUGCAGAUACUGUUCCCCCAGUUAUGGAAAGGGUGUCUGGAAACAUUGUGGAGUUUGAGAUGACCUCUCUCAACCCUGCCAUGGACUACACCGUUAAAGUCUAUGCAGUGAGAGAAGCCGCUAAGAGUGCCGCCACCACCACAGAGUUCACCACGGCUGUGGAUGCACCUCAGGACCUGGCAGCCAGCAACAUCCAGACAGAGAGUGCCAUGCUAACAUGGAGGGCACCACGGGCAGAGAUUAAUGGCUACAUCCUCACCUAUGAAUCUGCAGAUGGUACAGUCCGGGAGGUGGUGCUCAGCCCUGCGUCAACGUCUUACAGCAUGGGCCAGCUCAGCGCCUCCACCCAAUAUGCUGUUCGCCUGCAGGCCAUCUCUGGGCCCAUGAGGAGCCGUAUCAUCUCCACCCUCUUCACCACCAUCGGAGUGCUGUACAGACACCCCAAGGACUGCUCGCAGGCUCUGCUGAACGGAGACACCACCUCUGGUCUGUACACUAUUUAUCUGCGUGGUGAUGAAAGCCAGCCCCUGCAGGUGUACUGUGACAUGAGCACAGAUGGAGGCGGCUGGAUGGUAUUUGUCAGAAGGCAAAGUGGUAAACUGGACUUCUUCCGCAACUGGAGGAAUUACACUGCAGGCUUUGGGGACAUGAAUGAUGAAUUCUGGCUUGGUCUCUCAAACCUGCAUAAGAUCACGUCUCAUGGCCAGUAUGAGCUCAGGGUGGAUCUGAGAGACAAGGGCGAAUCUGCCUAUGCGCACUAUGACAAGUUCUCUGUCUCAGAGCCGCGCAGUCGGUACAAGGUCCAUGUUGGUGGCUACAGCGGUACUGCGGGUGAUUCAAUGACCUACCACAAUGGCCGUCCCUUCUCAACUUAUGAUCACGAUAAUGACAUUGCGGUCACAAACUGUGCCCUCUCAUACAAGGGAGCCUUCUGGUAUAAGAACUGUCACCGGGUCAAUAUCAUGGGAAGAUAUGGGGACAACAGCCACAGCAAGGGCGUGAAUUGGUUUCACUGGAAGGGUCAUGAGCACUCCAUCGAGUUUGCUGAGAUGAAGAUCAGGCCGGCCAACUUCAGGAAUUUUGAGGGCAGGAGAAAGCGGUCGUAAAGCAACUGCGUGCACACACGUGCGCGCACACACACACACACACACACACACACACACACACACACACACACACACACACACACACGCGCGCGCACACACACACUCUGUCAUCCUGCCCCUAUUGCAUCAGCUCAACUCCUUCAGUUACCAAAGCUCUUGGCAGAAGGAUGGACCACGUUCUCUCUCUCUCUCUCUCUCUCUCUCUGCCCCUUUGCUUUUUGCUUGUAGUAACCCAGUUUAAAAUAGCGUCUCCAAUCCCUUGUUCCCUGGUCCUGUGUGCAGUACCAGUUCCCCCUAUCCCCACUCAGUGCUUAACCAAUCAACUCUUAGACACUCCAGUGCCGUGCCAAUGUGUCCUAAUAACAUGCACCAAAGACUGCCGUCAGACUCUCCGUGCCACACAUCUGAAGCGACAGUGGUGGGAGGCGUGGCCCUGAGUCUCGCUUGUCACUGUCAACUCUGAGAACAAAAUAUGACAUCUUUCUCCGUAGUCCGUCUGGCCAUGGUGUUUCCUGUUUGGUUUGAUAAAAGAGGGCUGAUUGUAUGCAUGUGGUCUUGUCCACUGUCUGGGAACUCUACAGUGGUUUGCAUUACAAACGAACAGCCUUUCAUGUUUCAGUCAUCCAGCAGGAAGGUCCAGAGCAUUUUUUAAAAUCUGUAUUAUUCUGUGUGAUGUAUCAUAACUACUCCCAUCUUCCCCUUUCACCCACCCCUGCCCUGCCUGGUGGCAUGUGCGGCCCAUUGUAAACAUAGCUGAGAACUACAGUGAUGACACAGCUUGGAUUUCACAAUGGACUGCUCCACCAUCAUCCACUUUUGUUUGGUAAAUGUUUAGCCUAGUGCACACAGCAGUAACGUAAUAGCGCCCAGUGGAUUCCCGCACAAUGUACAUUGGAUUCGCUUACGAGAGUACAGGGGUUCAUUCUGUGCUGGUGAUUCUGCGGUACUGUAACUGAACUGAUUAUAAGUUUUAUUUUUAUUUUUGUCAAUUG